AUCUUGCGCACCUGUGGCCUAACUCAAAUUUUCUCACCUGUUUGAGCUACACGUCAGACUGAAAGUUAAUCAUCAUUAGAAACUUCCCUGAACUCAGACAUCUGAACUCAGAAGGUUUUGAAAUGUUGCAGAAAGACAUUUACUUAGUUUGUCUGCUUUUGUUGUUUAGUUUGAGCAGCAGUGGAUCAUUUAAAGACCCAAAUCCACAGAAAUCUGAUCGAGAUGCUUUUAAGGGAUCAGAUCAGUAUGAUUUUGCCAUUGUGUUGCCUGCUGGAGGCCUUCAGUGUUACUGGCACUACGCACAAUAUGGUGAGAGAUUCUACCUAAACUUUAUGGUCCAGUUGACAACUGGUGUGGCUCUUGACAGACAUCUCUCUGUGAUGGUCAAUGCUCCCAGCAGCUUAAUAGUCGGUAAAGCAGACGAUGCAAGCGGUCAGAUUGCCUUUAAUGCUGAAGAGACUGGUUUCUAUCAGAUGUGUUUUAGCAAUUUCCACAAUCGUUUUGGAAGUAUGCAGAUUUUCCUGAACUUCGGUGUGUACUCUGAGAAACAAACAAACACUGAGAAACAAAAAGAAGAAGAAAUUAAAGAGAUUAACAGUACACUGUCCACAAUUGGGGAAAGCACCAACAGGUUGCAGAUGUUUGUCUUCCACAUGUGGCGUCACUACAACUAUGAGCGAAUGAGAAGAGGCGCUGACUUCUACCUGCUUCAGUCAAACUACAGUUACGUGACCAGCUGGUCUGCUCUUCAGAGUCUGCUCAUCGUCACGGCCGGAUAUCUGCAGCUCUACUUUCUGAAGAGACUCUUCAAAACCAACCAAACACAGGGUGAAAAACCCCGGUGUUAAACAUCAACAAUACAUCUGGAAUCGUGUGACUUUCUCUGAAUAAUACACUGGCUGAGCUGUUUUGAAUUUUCAUUAAUUUUUUUAUUGAUUUUAAAACUAGAGGUGCAAAUGUACCAACUUAGCAGCAUGGCAAGAGCGCAUUCAAUAGACUUCAAUAGUGCUAUUGUUAGUGUCCCAUUCACAUGUUUAUCCUCUAGUCUAGUAUGUGACUGGUUCUUAAAACAAUUCAUUGUUUGAGCCAGUCAGAAUAAGAGAUUCAAUGGUUUGAGUACAUCACAACAUCCUGUAAAAAACAGGUCAACGUAUCUUACUUUUUGUUUUGAGUUUUGAAACUUUAACCCCUAAGUUCAUUCAAUUAAACAGUACUUGUUUUAAUUGCUCUGUGUGCAUCCACAUUAAAUUUACUUCAUUUCUUUUA